CGAAUUCCCGUCAGCGGGGGACCGCAGUUCGUACAAUAAAGAAAAAAGCAUCUAGGAUAGAACGAGAGGAAGCGAGGUGCAGCCAGUAGGAGCGAAAGAGCAUUCCGGCGAGAGAGACCGACGGAGAGGGUCCCUAAUCCUCCCGGACGCCGAAGAGGCGGACUCGAUUAAUAGUCGCGCUCGCGAGAGAAACAACGUCGUCCUCGGCUGCAGCUCGGGAUGACUUCUGCGGUGCUCUGAGCGGGACUCCUGAAACGGUGCUCUUCGAUGGACGAUCGUGCGCACCUGAAUUCCACGGCAUUGGCUCUCCGCAGGUCUCCGAGUGAGAUGGUCAGUUCGGUCAGUCAGGCGGUCAUGUAAACGUUCUGUCGUGUCCUGGUGUCGUCGUAUGAUCCAAUCGCCAGCACACCUCCAGUGAAUCUUCGCGGGAUCUCGAAAUCUUUUCUCCAGGCAAGGAUGAGACCAAGCGCGAUUGUUUUGUUGCUUCUGUUAUGCGCUCAAUUUCUCACGUCGGAAUCAAAGCUUCGGCAGCAAGCGGCUGUUGACGACGACGACGACGACGACGAUGAAUGGGAUGACGAUGAUGAGGAUGACGACGACGACGGGAGCUAUCAUACAAAACCCGAGGUCGACGAUGACGGCCGAAUUUACAAGAAUCCGCGAAACUCACCCUCCGCUAUGUGCCCGAGAGAUGAAGAGCAGGCGGAACUGAUGGGUCAAAAGUGUUUGCGAAAGUGUUCUACUGAUGAAGAUUGCAAGAGUAAGAAAAAGAAAUGUAGAUGCGACGGAGCUUGCGGAAUGUCGUGCAUCAAGCCUGAACGCGAAUGCCCGCCGUUAACCGAGAUUGAUCACGGCGUGAUGACGGUUUCCGGAAAAUUUUUCGGGGAUAGAGCUCACUACGCCUGCGAUACUGAUUACUUUAUGGUCGGUCUGUCCGAGAGAACGUGUCGUGCCGAUGGUCAAUGGACUGGGACCACUCCGUCCUGCAAGAAAGAUUCCAGCUCCUUUUGCUCCCAACCGCCGAAGAUCCAAAACGCGCGCCACAACGCCCCGUUGGAGCAGACGACCUUCGAUCUCGACAACAGCGUGCAAUAUUUCUGUAAUCAUGGAUACGUAGCAACCGGAGUGAAGAAGGCGAAAUGUCUGUUGAUGGAAGGGGUUGCUAGAUGGUACGGGCCAGAUAUCACUUGUAAGCCUCAAAAUUGCGAUUCACCUCCGGAUAUUCUCAAUGGAUGGCACUCUGGGGAGUGUUACACAUAUGAUUGUCGCGUAUCGUAUCAUUGCAUGGAAGGUUACGAAUUAGUUGGUAAAAUAGAAAAAUUGUGUUUGGCGGAUGGCACUUGGAUUCCGAAGGAAUUACCACAAUGCGUUCAAGUCACAUCCGUGCAGUGUCCGAAACCGGAAAAUCCAGUCAACGGCAAGGCUGUCUACACCUCCUACGCGUAUAAUUCCAUUGUAUCGUACGAAUGCAAGUACGGGUAUACUGUAGUAGGCGCAGCAACUAGACGUUGCGGUGCGGACAGAAAGUGGACUGGAAAGACGCCUACCUGCCAGGAAAUUAAUUGCGGUUUACCUGGCGUAUUGUAUAACGGCUGGAUCGAGAACAUAGAGGCCGGCACAGGUAUGGGCGCCAGCAUAAUUUUCCGCUGUAAAGAUCACAUGAAGCUGGAGGGCAAUACUUCCUCUGUCUGCCAGAAAGACGGCAAAUGGCGUUAUCCUCUACCGCAGUGUUUGGCACCGUGCGUCGUCCCGCAGAUCGAAAACGGUCACGUUGUCGUAGCCAGCCAUGAUAGAGAUCACAUUAACAAUGUAACGGUGGUGGAGCACGGCGAGAAGCUCCUAGUUUCCUGCAUUCAGAAUUACGAGUUUGCCGCUAAUAGUACGCCAGUAUUAUGCAAUAACGGUACUUGGUCAAUAGUGCCGAGUUGCUCGCCGGCUCGAUGCAAGCACAUGCCGAAGCCUCCGAAAAACGGAAUGGUGAUAGCGCCAAAGACGGAUCACGGUAUGAAAGCAAUCUUUAAGUGUAAGGACGGUUUCGAGUUGAUUGGCGGAGGUCCCUUGAAUCUUUCCAAAUCUGUGGAAUGUCGUUAUGGCAAGUGGAUCGGCGACAUACCGUACUGCAAUCAGGUCUUCUGCCCAUUUCCCGGCUUUAUCGAGCACGGCAAAGUCUUUUUGGUGGGCAAUAUGGGAGUUUACGAUUACAGACCGUACGUCAGAAAGAUUGUCAACAACAAGCAGAUUAUGUACGAUUGCGAUAAGGGUUACGUUCUCGAUGACGGACCAACCGGUGCGACUUGCAUAAGCGGUGCAUGGAGUCCUAGAGAGUUACCCAAGUGUAUUUUGGGACAACAUCCUCGACUUAGAUGGAGCAGACGACGUAGAUCAGUAGACGACAAUGUUACUCUAAAUUACAAAAAAUUCAUUGACUUCUUCCGCAAAGUGGGCAAGAAACUUUUGCAUAUGGAGAUAAAUAGAAAUCGUGAACAUGCCAAACAUAAAACAGAAUCAAAAUUAGUAUCCAUUAUUAGUCACCAAAACAACACCAAUGCAUCCGAUCUAUCAGCUUGGAAGGUACAUGCAAACCAUGGCAAUAAAUCCCGUUUGCGAGAAGAGAGAAUGAUUGAUUUUCUCAAGAUGGUGUACAGAAAAUUACAGCGCAUGGAUGCCAGGCAACCAAAUAACUCCAGUAACAAUACCAUGCACGAUCUACUGAAUGCAAUGAGCAAGAAUUUCUUUCAUGUGGAUCUCGCGGAAUCGCAGCGACGGAAUGGCAGCAGAGCCCGCUCGGACUUUGAGAUACGCAAUCAAAGGGAGUUCAUUAAAUUAAAGAGGGAAUUCGAGCGAAUUAUGAGAUUCUACAACAAAUCCAUACGCUGGAAUGAGAAGCAGAAUCGAAAGGACGCGAAGAAAAAGGGUCUGUUGCAUGCCGAGAAGCGUAAGGAUAAGAAGAAGCACAGGAAGAAUUAUUACAAGGGCUUCUACGAGUUCGUCAACAGUUACGUAACCGAGAAACUGUCGAUGCUGGAGGCGCGCAACGCGACCGAGGAAUUAAUCAAGAAGAUGAACAUUGACAAGUUUACCGUCAGGAACGGCACGACUUUCACGGUUGGCGAGAAGUACGCAUUUUUCAAACAUAUCAUACAGGAUAGAUUGAACUCGACGGAGGAGAGCGUGAUUGUAGAAUCCAGCACGACACCGGCGCCGAAGGAGGCUGCGUCACAUCAAUCAUCGACAAUCCCGAGUAACGACGUCGCCGUGCUGGACAACGAGAUUCCAGCGAAAGACGGAGCGCCCAAGCAUCGCAGCAAGCGGAUACGAAACGCCUCGGAGGAAGCGGGCGCUUCGCGUCAGAAGAGGAAGCUUCUGUCCGUGAAGCCGACCAACGCGGACGAUCAAAAGAAUUCAAAGAAGUCACAGCCCGUCGUCGAUGCCAAAUCAAAACAGUUCACUUUCGACGAGCUGCAGGCGCAACAGCAGAGCCGUUCAAAACGGUUUCUGCCGCCUUCUGAGCUGGAUAAUCAAAUAUUCCUCAAGAACUUGUAUCUCAAUGCUUACGAAGACGAGUAUCGAGCGAACGUAAAGCGAUCCGUUGACCAGAUAAAUCGCACAACUGGGUGGUUCUCUUCGAGAAGGCGCAAGGGGAACCUCGACGCAUACGAGAUCAACUGAGGAAAUGUGUUGUGAUAUUAACGGAAUUUACUAAGUUAUUUACCGAUAUCAAUCGAUUUUAGGUGAAGUAUACACUAUAUAUAU